AUGUCACAAUCUUCACUAACUCGACAAUCUCAACAUAGUAAUUUAGGACCGAAAGAAGAACAACCUACGUCCAAGAUACCUGAAUCCGUAAGAAAAAUCAUAGCUAUGGAAAAAGAGAACGAGUCAAACGCCAACCGAAAAUCCAGGAUUGACUUAAAUGCGCUUCCUACUCGCCAGUACCUGGACCAGACUGUGGUGCCAAUUUUACUGCAGGGUCUGUCUGCAUUAGCUAAGGAAAGGCCUCCAGAUCCCAUCGACUACUUGGCGGCGUAUUUACUGAAGAAUAAGACCACCUUUGAGAGCAACACCUCGGCGAGUAACAACCCGACGGCCAACCCGCAACCAUAA